AUCUCUAUGCUGUUUUGUUUAGUUUUUAUAUCGGCCGGCGUGACGCCGCCAUCUAUAUUUUGUCGAAUAUUUGUAAAGUUGUAAAAUAAUUAAAAUGAGCGUGGAUGACUUAGUGCGGGACCAUACACGUCUCAUGAAUGUUCAUACGGUACUUCAGCACGCGGCUGUGGCGUCUUUAGCUUGCACGGGACCGCGCACAAUUGGUCCGGAUCAGAAGCAAAAACAAGUGGAAAAAUCACUUAGUCCGAACGUUGUCGAGCCAGUCCAAACUACCCUCUCUCAAUUAUCAAUUACCACGUUAAAUAAGCAGACAUCUCCAGUGGAUAUUUUACCAAGCAUUGGCCCUGAUGUAAACGACAUAAAUGCAAGCAUUGUCAAGCGGGAGCUAGAUAAGGAAUGUAAGCGAAGUGUGCGCUAUCAAUUGAAUCUGAUUAAAGAACGGCAGCAAAAAGCGAUCAAUGAACGCUUUGCCACCCAGCAGAAGACAGAACAGCAGCAGCUGCGUGUUAGUAACCGGGCAAAACGUGAAGAGAGCGACAAACUUUUGCAGCAGCAGGCCGAGCAACUGGCCAAAGCAGAACUGGAGGCGCAACAGCGCGAGCAAAAAGCGCUGAUUAAGCAAAAUAACCAAAAACUGUAUUUGCUGACAAUCGAGGGCGUUUCGCGUUGUCAUCGGCGAUUUUGCAGUAAGUAUGAAUUGGUGACAAAGCUGUUCCUGGCCCUGGACAAGGAGACCGUACAGGCAUGUGCCGCUCAUAAUGCUGAAUUACGGGAGCUGGGACAACUGUUCGAUCAGCUAGUUGAAAAACUUAAAAAAGGAAGCAGCGACCCACCAGAACUGAGUUGUGUCUUCACAGCGGAACAAUAUUGCCAGCGCCUGGAUAGACUGGACGAGAAUCUACACAAACAACUGUCGGAGCAGCAGCAACAGCAACUAGACAAAGCCAAAAAGUUGGCGGAAGAGAAAGAAAAGCAGCGCCUACUAGAAGUAGAGGAGCAGCAGAAACAGCAGGAACAGAAACAGCAGCAGUUGGAGGCUGAGCUUAAAGCAACAGCCGAUGCUGCCGCAACUGCGGCCGCUGCGGCUGCAAACGUAGCGACGACUGCAGCAACAGCACAGGAGGCGCCAACUACAGAGGCUCCAGUGACAGCAACAGUCCCAGCUAGCAUCUCCACCAGCUAUGUGCAUCCAACACGUUUGGCUUUCUACAACGAGAUCAAUGCAUUGUAUCAGAGCAAAGUGGAUGCUGUCAAACCACUUCAGACGGACGAGGCUUGGAAAAAGUAUCGAACAAAUUGUCAGCGAACCAUCAAUUUGCCACUGAACGCGAUCACAGCGACUAGUGCCCAGCAUCUCAAGACUAACUUUGAUAAGCUAUACAAUUUCUUUGCGGGCCAACCCGUAAGAACUACGGACGGCAGUACGAUAACCAUUAAUGAUCAUCCAUUGGCAAGGGACUAUUGCAUUCUGCUAAUGGCGAAGAAGUUUGUUAGCCAAACAGACACCGCCAUAUCGAGUAAUCCUCAAGCAGCCUUCCCAUUUGCCUCGGUGAUUGUUACCUUUUGGAAGCUGCUGCCCGACUUUGGCAAGAUCUUCUUGGCCUACAUGUACAAGGAGUCGCCGUAUCUGGUUCCUUACGUUAUACCACAGCAGCCGGAUCAAUCACCCGAGCAGUACUUAAAGACAAUGGGCUAUCGCAUCACCGAGAACAAUGAGCUGGAGAAGCCGGACAUGUUUCUCAAGCGUCAGACUGGCAUUGCGCGUCUGUAUGCUGCAGUAAUUAUCACGCCUGGCCGCCAGGCAGAUGGACCCAACCAUUGCUUUGGCCUGGAGGAGGCUUGGCGUUGGCUCACCCACAUUAUGCUAGUGAAGCCAUUGCCUGACAUUUGCGCCACCAUGAUCAUGGAGAUGUUGCAGACCCUGGGCUUUGAGCUUUGGCGUGCCUACGGUAGGAACUUCCUAAAACUUCUACUAUAUAUACAGACGGCGUAUAUGCCACAGCUGUCGGCCUAUGACGAGGGCGGUCCAAAGACACGCCUCGAAAUGCUGCUAUCGAAAUUUUUGCGUGAACGUCAAAUACCACAGGCAAUGGGCGUGUUGCCGCCAGGCUUUUGGUAGCUCUUUAUAUAUAUAUAUAUAUAUGUUUAUUAUAUAAUUUAAUUGUUAUUACAACGUUCGUUAUGAUAAAAAUAGUUGAUGAGAAGCUUUCAUGGGCCCAUUCAUUGUUAAAUAAAGGCUACUAACUUACA